GACGCUCCUCUCUGAGAGAAUUUACUCCCUUGUGAGUGCGAUUUCACUGGCGAUGCUGAUAGCCACACCUCACUGGCUUGCAGAUCGACACUAUAGGGAUUGCAGGAGCGAUUGAAUCCAUGCAUAGGACAACCGGUAUUCCAGUAAUGCCCAUGGGAAAUUUAGACCUUGGCUACAUUGAAAGAAGUCUGGUGAGCACAUUGGGGAGAUGUUAAAUAAAGUAAAGAUCAACUCAUUCUCAGCAGGCGAACUAUGCUGCCAUGCCACAAACAUCCAAGGCUCCCCAUAAGGCUCCUCGAAACAUGCCUCCCACUGACCCCGCCGCAUUUGACGACUGGAUCGUCUCUCUCUUUCUCCGGGAGAGGGUGGAUGAAACAUACCAGCACCCAGAGCGGCUACAUGAGCGCGAACAGCCCUCACACCGGGCUCCACCCACCGACCCCACCGCUUUCGAUGCCUGGAUUGUCUCUCUCUUUCUCCAGGAGAGGGCUGAUCACACAUACCAUCAUCCAGAGCGGCUAUACAAGCGCGAACAGCCCCCACGCCAACCUCCACCCACUGAUCCUGUGGAAUUCGAUGCCUGGAUUGUCGCCAUGAUACGAAGCAACAAGGCCGACAAGACCCAUCAUCGCGACGUUGUUCGCGAUGAACACCCCAAUAACGUAUUCGUAGAUAUGUCAUCGAGCGGCCCAUCGGGGUCAACGACAGCAAUGACAGGACCCUCGUAUCCUCAGCUUCCGUGGUGGAUCGUGCCCCCUGGGCUUCCUCCACUGCUCCACAACCCAUGCCCCGUCGUCGCCACUACAACCCCGAGCUGGCUCACUGGCACCAACGGAGAGUCGUCGGUUAUGUUCAUGUCCCAUGCGCAUAUGUAGCGACGUCCAGU